UCUUGUGGGUUGCUUUGGUCGACAUGUCCCCACAAAACUACUCUAAUUUUUUCCACAGACCAAGUCUUCCAUUCUCAUACUUCAAGUCAAUUGGCAUGCCAUCGCCAAUAAUGUUUUACGAUAUAAUUAAUAGACUCUCCUCUUACAUUAUACUAACGUUUUUAGCUCAUACAAAUUGAGGAAGGAUGAGUGGAGUUUAUGAAUUUGUGUUACUGCUUUUGUUUUGUCACCUUACGCCACUUCUCUUGGCGGAUGGAUACCAACCAAAGUGUCCACCUUCGUUUGAUUGUGGAUAUCUUGGCAAUAUCAGUUUCCCUUUUACUAUAACAGAACGCAAGGACUGUGGCUUAUUGCCCAUACGCAAUUGUCAUUCUCCAGCUCUCAAAAUGAUCCAAUUACAGAAAGAUGGAAAAUGGUUUCAGGUUGUACGCGUAACUCAGUUGCUGAGUAGUCCUACUACUACUUAUACAACUUUUCAAUUUAGAGACACCAAUCUCAAUGAGCUUCUGCAGAACCAAAAUUGCGAAGCUUUCAGAAACAGUUAUACUCUUCCUCACACCUCUCCCUUUGCUUCGUUUAGUAUGCAAUCAAGCACAAUUGUGUAUAGGUGCAACCGCAACCACCACGUCACUCCUCCCCCUGGCAUGUAUAUUUAUACAAACUGCUCUGAUUACAAUCUCUACUACAGUUCAGUCACGACGGGUGAUUGGAGCUCUUUGAGAGGAUGUACAAAGGUCCAGCUUCCAGUUAAAGACGUGCCUGACGCUAAAAACCCAUUCACAUUCAGAACUGCACUUAUCACCACUCAAGUAAACUUGACUAAAGAAUGUGCAGAUUGCCACUAUCGCCUAGGAGGGCAGUGUCAACUUGACAACAAAUACAGAUUUUAUUGUGCCAACAGCAUCGUUUCGGCUGUGGUGGCUGCUGGAGUUGUAGUGCUGUUGAUGGUUUUGGCUUGCUGCUUCUCGAGAAAGAUAUUUUGGAGCAAGAAUCCAACCCAUCGGAUUAUUGAGGGGUUUUUGAAGGAUCAUGGGCCCCUUCCUACAGCUAGGUACAAUUACUCAGAGGUUAAGAAAAUGACCAACUCUUUUAGAAACAAAUUAGGCCAAGGGGGAUUUGGUAGUGUAUACAAAGGGAAGCUACAAGAUGGACGUGUUGUUGCAGUGAAGAUUUUAAGUAAAUCAGAUGGCAAUGGAGAAGAUUUCAUUAAUGAAGUUGCAAGUAUUAGCAGGACUGCACAUGUUAACAUUGUUAGACUUUUGGGAUUCUGUCUGGACAAUUCUAAACGAGCUCUAAUAUAUGAGUUUAUGCCUAAUGGAUCUCUUGACAAGUUUAUAUAUGAAGACAAAAAUCCACUACAAUUUACUCAUCAAUUGGACUGCAAAAUACUGUAUGAUAUUGCAAUUGGCAUUGCACGUGGAUUAGAGUACUUACACAGAGGUUGCAACACUAGAAUCUUGCAUUUUGACAUUAAACCUCACAACAUAUUACUAGAUGAGGAUUUCUGUCCCAAAAUAUCAGAUUUUGGACUUGCAAAAUUAUGUCCAAAAAAAGAAAGUGCCGUAUCAAUAUUUGGUGCUAGAGGAACUGCGGGCUAUAUUGCGCCAGAAGUUUUUUCGAGAAAUUUCGGUGUAGUAUCACACAAGUCAGAUGUUUAUAGCUAUGGAAUGAUGAUCUUAGAAAUGGUUGGAAUGAAAAAUAAUAUCAAAGUUGAAGUAAACCGGUCGAGUGAAAUAUAUUUUCCUCACUGGAUUUACAAUCGUCUUGAAUCAGAUCAAGAACUUGGUUUACGAAAUAUAAGAAAUGAAAGUGAUGACAACACGAUGAGAAAGAUGACAAUAGUGGGCUUAUGGUGUAUACAAACGUACCCUUCAAUUCGCCCAGCCAUUAGUAAAGUGGUGGAAAUGUUAGAAAGUAAAGUUGAGUUAUUGCAAAUUCCACCUAAACCUUGUUUGUCUUCUCCUUCAACCUCUCCGAUUCAUUUGUCAUGCGAGACACUAUAGUGUAUGAAAAAUACUAUUAUGUAGUCUAUUUUGUAGUAUAUUGCAUAUCAAUAUCUAGUAUUUUUUGCUUUUUGUUUAACUUGA